AUGCGCCCCCCUCUGCGAGACGGACAUCCAUCUUGGAGGGGGAAGAGGUGCCAGAUCGCCAUCGAGGCCCACUUCCUGGCGGAGCGCAUGAGCCUUUGGCGGCGCCUUGCUGCCCAGCGCAGGCUUCAUCCUCUUUUUCCAGAUGUGCCAAUGGCGGCAGGAUCAGGUCCGAGCUUUCGACCCUUCCAUGGCUGCGCCAACCAGCGGCACGACGAGCGAUACGGUGUAAGCAUUGGUCCACGCUCAAUCAACUGCGCCGCCGUGGAGCUGACGAGCCGAAUCGGAGGCAAGAGCUCUGGCCGGAUUUUAUGA